AUUUUAAUCUGUGUUCCUCAUCGAGAGCUGCAAACCAGAGCUUUGCCCCAUCUUCUCGGUUCAAGAAGAAUGGACACUCAGAAACUCCUCUCUCUGGGAUACAUCUUCUUGCUCCUUUUGUGUUCCCAACAGGUCUGGGCUCAGUUCCCAAGGGAGUGUGCUACUGUUGAGGCUUUGAGGAGUGGUGUGUGCUGCCCAGACCUGUCCCCCCAGUCUGGACCUGGCACUGACCCCUGUGGCACCUCAUCUGGCAGGGGCAGAUGUGUGGCUGUGACGGCUGACUCCCGACCCCACAGUCCCCAGUACCCACACGAUGGCAGAGACGACAGAGAGGGCUGGCCCGUGAGGUUCUUCAAUAGGACAUGCCAAUGUAAUGGCAAUUUCUCAGGACACAACUGUGGGGGCUGCCGACCGGGAUGGAGAGGAACUGCCUGUGAUCAGAGGAUUCUCACAGUCAGGAGAAACCUUCUGAACUUAAGUGCAGAAGAAAAGACCCAAUUUGUCCAAGCCCUGGAUAUGGCAAAGCGGACAACUCACCCUCAGUUUGUCAUUGCAACCAGGAGGUCAGAAGAAAUAUUGGGGCCAGAUGGCAACACACCACAAUUUGAGAACAUUUCCAUUUAUAACUACUUUGUUUGGACACACUAUUAUUCAGUCAAAAAGACUUUCCUUGGGGCAGGACAGGAAAGCUUUGGUGGAGUGGAUUUCUCUCAUGAAGGGCCAGCUUUUCUCACCUGGCACAGAUACCACCUGUUACAGUUGGAGAAAGAUAUGCAGGAAAUGCUUCAGGAUUCUACAUUCUCCCUUCCUUACUGGAAUUUUGCAACUGGGAAGAAUAUCUGUGACAUCUGCACUGAUGACUUGAUGGGGUCAAGAAGUAACUCUGAUGCCUCUCUCAUAAGCCCAAACUCUGUCUUUUCUCAAUGGCGAGUGGUCUGCGAAUCCCUAGAAGACUAUGACACACUGGGAACCCUCUGUAACAGCACUGAGAGUGGACCAAUUAGGAGAAAUCCAGCUGGAAAUGUGGCUAGACCCAUGGUGCAGCGUCUCCCCCGGCCUCAGGAUGUGACUCAAUGCCUAGAAGUUCGUUUAUUUGACACACCUCCUUUUUAUUCCAACUCCACAAACAGUUUCCGAAAUACUGUGGAAGGUUACAAUGAUCCCACAGGAAGAUAUGACCCUGCUGUUCGAAGUCUUCACAACUUGGCUCAUCUAUUCCUGAAUGGAACUGGGGGACAAACCCAUUUAUCUCCAAAUGACCCUAUUUUUGUGCUCCUGCAUACUUUCACUGAUGCAGUAUUUGAUGAAUGGUUAAGGAGAUAUAAUGCUGAUAUAUCCACCUUUCCACUGGAAAAUGCCCCUAUUGGACAUAACAGGCAAUACAAUAUGGUGCCAUUCUGGCCUCCGGUUACCAACACAGAGAUGUUUGUUACUGCUCCAGACAACCUGGGAUACACUUAUGAAGUCCAAUGGCCAAGUCAGACUUUUAGUAUUUCUGAGAUUGUCACAAUAGCAGUAGUUGCUGCCUUGUUACUCGUUGCUGUCAUCUUCCUGGGUGCUUCUUGUCUGAUUCGUAACAGAAAAAACAUGGAUGAAGCAAAUCAACCUCUUCUCACCGAUCAGUAUCAACAUUAUGAUGAAGACUAUGAUAAAGUUCAGGACACUCAGUCCAUGGCCUGA